AAGCAAUCUUUUCUCCUUCUCUCUAGCUGCAUUCUUUCAGCCAUUGAGAAAUACUGUGUGAGCUGUGAUUGGUCACAGCUUGUCACAUGGUACGAGGCUGUUGUGAAUAGCCCUGUACCAUGUGACCUCUGUGAUCAUUCACAGAUUUCACACGUAGUAAGCAAUGAUGUCAGAAGUGACAUCUUGCUUACUACUUUGCAUGUGAUCACUGAUUGGCCAAUCAGUGAUCACAUGAUCGGGACCUCACACAGAGGUCCCGUACAGCGGCUCCCAGGGAGCACGCACAGGCUAAAAUAGCAGGCGCUGUUUAUGA